GAAGGAAGAGGGUGGGAGAACAGAGGGAGGGGAGGGGAGGGAGGGCGAAAGGAUCAGGGGUUGGCCGGACUGACUAUAGAAAAGAAACAACUGCAGAGCCACAGUGGAGCGGCGCGCCGCGCGUUGCGAGCGUGUGUGUUGUGUGUUUACACGCGGAGUCGUCUCGCCGGACGUUCUUGCCGAAGGCGGACGGAGGACACAGGCAGCUGUCGAAGACGGCAGCAAGGGCAAGACGGUUCAGACGAGAGGUGGGGGUGGACGACAGACACAACAGAGAGAGAGAGAGCGACGGGGAGAGAGGCAGAAGAGAAGGGGAGGGGAGAGGGAAACGGCUCGGCUGUGCCGGGCAAGGAGCGGGUGGAGGAGGAGGAGGAAUGGAGUCUCACGCAGACGCACGUGGAGCCUGCUCCGCGCAAAGAUCUAUGCCCCCGGAACCCUGAGUGGCCGCGUGGCGCGCAUGAGCCCCGGGUCCCCAUGGCCUGCUGCCGUGUCAUCGUGCCGUGCCUUCUGGCUGCUGCUACUCUCUGCAUCGCACGCGCCACAGAGCCUUCCCUCCGGCUGACAUCCGAGCCGGAAUCCGUGACGCAGCGGCCGGGAGGGGAGGUGAGGCUCGGUUGCACGACGGACCCUCAAGGCGCUGCCCUCGACUGGCAGUACCGCGGUCGCGGCGGGGUCGGCGCCUGGGAGAACGCGGCCCGCCACGGGGGCGUGCUGCUCGCGGGGAGCGAGCUGCUCAUCGCGGCGCUCCGGCCGGAGCACGAGGGAGCGUACCGCUGCGUGGCGACGGCCGGCAACGGCUCGGUGACCAGCGCGCCCGCCAACGUCACGCUCGCCCGCCUGGGCGAGUUCCGCUGGUACGCUCGCCGCGUGCUCGAGGUGGCGCUCGGAGAGUCGGCACAGGUGCACUGCUCCCUCCCGGAGAGCCGACCGCCGGCGCAAGCGCGAUACAAGUUCAAGCAGAAGUGGCUGGGCACCGCCGCGGGGCGCGUGGAGCUGCUGCCGUCCGGGACGCUGCGCAUUUGGAACGUGUCCCGCGAGGACGUCGGCGUGUACCGCUGCGCUGCGUACAACCCCGUGACGCAGGAGCAGAGGGUGCAGCGCGGAGGCACGAGGCUCCGGCUCGUUGAGAGAGGCGGCGGCGCUGAGCACGCGCAGCCCAAGGAGGAGGAGGAGGAGGAGGCGGCCGAGGAGACGGCGACGGAGCGCCUCCCGGAGCUCCCCCUGCAAGACGAGCCGGUGGAGGUGGAGGAGGAGCCGCCGUCGGGAACGCCCGGGUCCAGCGGGGUGCCGACCACCGUCGCUGUGCCCGCCCCCGCCGCCGCCGCUGCCGUGGCGACCAACUCGGCCCUCCUCCCUCCCGAGGCUCCCAUAAUGCUUAGCGCGCCCCGCAGCUCCAGCCCGGAUUCGUACGAGCUGAGGUGGAGGCCCGGCAGAGACGGAGGAGCCCCCAUCAUGGCCUACCUCGUCAAGUACCGCAAGGUGACGGUGGAGGAUCCUGUGGUGUGGCAGAGCAUGCGCGUACCGGCCGACCAGCGCUCCCUAUCGCUCACCGAGCUCGAGGCCGACAGCCUCUACGAGCUCGAGAUGGUCGCCCGGAGUCGCGCCGGCAAUGGGCAGCCGGCCAUGCUCACCUUCCGCACCGCCAAAGAGAAGAACAACAGCUCCCGCAAGCCCGGCAGCGGCCUGCGUCCCGUGAAUCCGUGGCGCCGCCCUUCGAACGACGACAGUGGUGUCAACAGCUACAGUCUCAACUACAGCCCUGCGGAGCCGGACGUGCACACCGUCCCCGAGGCCCCGUGGGCGGUGAGCGUGCGCUCCGGUGCCAGCGGCGCGGUCUUCGUGUCGUGGAUGCCGCGCGGCACCGGCGGCUCCCCCGUCAGCGCGUUCCGCGUCGAGUGCCGGCGAGUGGGCCGCGGCGCCGGCGAGUGGAAGGAGGCCGCGUCCGGCAUCCCGCCCGCCAAACUCGCCGUGCAGAUCGACGGCCUCGCCGCCGGCUGGGCGUACCGCUUCCGCGUGGCGGCGCUAAACGCGCACGGCGAGAGCCCCUGGAGCGUCCCCUCCACGCCGUUCUACCUCUCGGGCUCCCCCGGGGGGGGGGCCGCCUCCCAGCGAAUGCUCGCCGCCCCCCACAUCUCCGCCACGGAGGCCGUGAGCGACACGGCCAUUCGCAUCACCUGGACCUUUGCGUCGGCCGCAGCUCCGGCGCAGCCCGUGCAGAAGGUGACCGUCUACUACCGCCCCACCGACAGCGACAACGACGAGGACUACCACAAGGAGAUCCUGCACGGGAGCAGAGACUGGCACGUGCUGAGCGGACUUCAGCCCGAGACGUCGUACGACAUCAAGAUCCAGUGGUUUAGCACGGCGGGAGAGAGCGAGUUCAGCAACGUCAUGAUCUGCGAGACGAGAGCUGCUGGCAGCCUCCUCGACUUCAACGACCCCACCGGCCGCGACGGCGCCGACCGGCCGGCGCCACCCCCGGCCGUGGACGGCGAGAGCAUGUCGCCGCACGCGGCCCCCAGCCGCGACCUCCUCUACCUGCUGCUCGGCAUGGGCCUCGGCCUGCUGCUGCUCGUCGUGAUCCUCUUCGUCGGGCUGUGGGUGUGGCGCGCGCGCCAACACUGCCGCGGCUACGGCUCGCCAGGCCCCGUGCUGCCCAACUGCAAGGCCGAAUAUCUCUACCCGAGCCUGGACUACACCUCCGUCUCCCUGCCCGGCACCGGCCUCGUCAACGGUGGCAUCGUCGGGCCGGCCAUGAUGAACGGCGGCUCCCCGUCCCCGCCGUCCGUGGGGCCUCCCGACGAGCGGUCGGACGCCAGCGGUCAGCGCGGGGCAAGCGGCCCGGGACCCGGGGCGGCCGCCGCGGCGGCGGCGGCGGCGGCGGCUGCAGUCGCGUCCUCUUGUUGCUGUGGCAACGGUGCGGUGGCCGGGUUGUGGGAGGGCGCCGGCGGUGGCGGCGGCGGCGGCGGCGGCGGUGCCGUCGGGCCGCCCUCCACAGGACACCACAUGGGCUGCGUUGGCUGCCUGGGACUGGAGUACCAGCAGCGUGGCCACCACGCGCUCAACGGGAGAGGCUUGUACCACGCGGUGCCACAGACAGAGUCUGCCGAGUGCAACGACUGCCGGAACUGCAGCAACAACAACAGGUGCUCCCCCAAGCCUGGCCGCUCGUCUCCGACCCCCCACGAGCCGCACGUGAGCGACCCUUCGCCCCGCAGCGGUGGCUUCGACGACGAGCGAGACCGCGGCGGGGGAGACGCCGGCACCGACGGCAGCGGCUGCGGUAACGUGGCCGGCGGCGGCGGCGACCCCUCGCCUCCUCCGCCUGCGCUGCCUCCGGCCGCCGGAGAGCCGGGCUCCGCCGACAGGUCGGAGGUCGACACCACCAGCGAGAGCGAUGGGGAGCAGCCGGCGGUGGCGGCACAGCGGCGGUGUCCGGGCGCGCUGCUCGCGAACGGCGGCGCCCUGGUACCGGGCGCCCGCUGCAAGAGAGGCGCGGAGAACGCUGCCGAACAGGGUGGCGUUAGGCACGUGAGGGUGCGGCCAGUCUCGGACUACAUCCGACCGUCGGCAAUGGACUAUCAAAUGGACAGAACCAAAAUGCAGAACGGGGGUUGCAAACACACACCCCCCGCUGCGGGGAGCAAUGGACUCUACCUGGAAAUGCAGUUGCUGAAAGUGUCGUGACUUGCGGUGAACGCGUUUCGUGGAGCGGAGGCAAACUGUGGGAGGGAAAGUACGGGAGGUGGCGGGCAAAGUUUAUGCAGUGUAAAAUAAUGAAAAAUAAAAGCAAGCAUAUUUAUUUUUUUAUAGUUUAUGCAACUGGUCGUGUUUGAAUGUAGUUGGAGUCAAAUGUUUUAUUUAUGUCAAAGUGGCCUUAAAUUGAAAUGUAUUGCACAGAUUAAUGUGUGCCGUUCUUCCUCCCCCUCUCCGUCAUUAAAUGAACAUAAGCAUGUAAACUUGUACAUUGUGUUGAAUAGGUGAAUUGUUACUAGACGUCAACACUAACACUGCCAGUGUCCUAUAUUUUUUUGUAUAUCUAUGGGGUUAGGUACCAAUACGUGCAUAUACGGCUAUAAAUACGGGAAUGUAUUAUUAUUGUUGCUGUGUUUAUUAUAACUCUGUGUAUAAAUGUACAGUGGUAUUUCAGCACUUGCGAGUGUUCUGUAACUAUAACGGAAUCCUCUAAGAUGUUCACGUGUAUAAAUCUAGUUUUAAAAACUGUUUACCAAUGUACUGUGUGUACACUGGCUAUACUUGCCGUAUGCCUAUACGUAACCUGUAUUACAACCUACAGCGGCAGGAAGCCGUAGCGUAGCCCAGUGCAGUUAUUUCAUUGUGCAGUAAUCUCUCGUUAUUCACGAAUUUGCUAUCCGCAAUUUUGGCUGUCCGCGAAUCGCAUCUGGAACUCUUCACGACUGCAUCGAGAGAGAGAGAAAGAAAGUGAUGAGAGAGAACUUCUCGAAGCUUUAGAAGCAUCUGCAGACAGACGUUGUGCCUACGAUAUUCGUAGGCCGACAUCACUCUCCGCAAAAUGCUCUGUUCACGAGCAUCUCCGGAAUGUAUCCCUCGCGAACAGCGAGGGAAUACCGUAUCUCAAAUCGCGUCUCUCUCUCUCUCCUCCGCGUCCAAGCCAAGUGGGAAAUUGUCAACGACAAAGGGGGGACAGCUGCAUGAUACAACCUGAGCGAAUAGGCACCGUUUAUUUCUCACGCACAUCCGUGCAAAGUAAGGGAAGGUUUCACUUCAGACGUUUCAUGCAAUAAA